GCAUCAAGUAGGCAGUAGCUGUCUCGUAUAUCGUCUGCAUACGCGGAAAGGCCACCGCGGCCGUAAACGUCACUGCGCGGGCGUGCGAGCCCGCGCGCGUGCCCGCCAAUAAAUAAUGUCAGGUCAGGGGUUUACUUCCGCGUUUUGAGUCUCCCGCCACCACUUCCGCAUCACGUGACUGGGCAGAACGACAGGUCAACAAUGCGAGACGUCCCGGAGGAACUCACCGCGCUCAUUUCAGACCUUGAAGCCUUCCUCUGUGAUGGCUUGAAGGGGGAAAAUCUGAGCAAGAAGGCGAAAGAUAAGAGGGAAGCCUUCAUUAGACGGAUUAAAGAGGUCAAAUUGGGUUUUCCACAUGAUUUCAAGGAAAAAAGCGGAGAGGACUCCGUCGACGAGGAGGAGGAUGUGGACAGCAGCAACAACGACGGAGACAAGGAGGACGACCCCUACGAGGGUUCCCGGCAAUCUCCGGCAAUCGCAGCGCAAGACCUGCAGUCUAUUCUCAUGUCGGGAUAUCUGGAGAAACGCAGGAAGGACCACAGUUUUUUCGGCCAGGAAUGGCAGAAGAGAUGGUGCGCGCUGAGCUAUCGCACCUUCUAUUAUUACGGCCACGAGAAAGACAAGCAGCAGAAAGGCGAAUUCUACAUCGACGGCUACAAUGUCAAAAUGAACAACCUCCUACGGAAAGACUCCAAGAAAGACUUUUGUUUCGAAGUCUCGGCUCCGGACAAGCGAGACUAUCAGUUCUGCGCGUCGUCGGCCAAAGAGGCAAAGGAAUGGGUGAAAUGCAUCGACCUUGUUUUGAAAGAUAAGUCUGGUAUUAUCCAAGAAGAAGAGGAAGAGGAGGAAGAGGUGGAGAAGGUGGAAGAACAGCUAAUGUACGACGAUGUGGGACUUGCACCGGAUACAGACAUCUACGAGGUGCUCCCAGAGACCAGCACAGACUACCAGAACUACUACCAGGGCUUGUGGGAUUGCGUGGGGGACCACCCGGAUGAACUCUCCUUCAAGCGGGGAGACACCAUUUAUAUACUGAGCAAGGAGUACCAGAGCUACGGUUGGUGGGUUGGAGAGAAAAAUGGAAAUAUCGGAAUCGUGCCCAGAGACUACCUGCUGGAGCUCUACGCUUUAUAAACGCGUCACUCGCUUUUCCUGUUCAGGGUCACGCGGAGCCGAAGCCCAUCCCGGCCGACUUCAGGCGAAAGGCCGACUCCAUCCUGGACUAGUUGCUCGUUCAUCAUAAUGCAGUAAUUUUCCUAUGAUUGCUUCUUUUUUUUUAACCUCAGGUCAUGAUACCUGUAGUCUCUUCUUUUGCACUUUGUUACAACAGU